AUGAAAAAUGCAAUCAAGUAUACAAUAAGAUUGGCCCGAACGGGAACUGUUGCUGACCCUGGAACCAUUGGUUGGGCUCUUUACUCCAUCAAUUUGUCCGAACUGCCCUUCUCUAAUCCAGAAAUUACACUUUUAGAGUCCUGCGUCGAAGAGUUGGAGAAGGGACAACUUUCCACGACUGCACACAAAACAUCAAACCAGAGCAAGCAUAACAUGCUGCUGUACUUGGAAAACACACCGCUAUACUCGAUGAGAUCCAAGCAAUUGUGGCAAAUCCAUGCUGAUCACACUCCCCCAGCCUCCAUCCAUUCACAAAACUCUCAACCUUCAAUGGACUCAAACCUAUUUGUUUGGUUAGCCUGGGCAGAUCAAUAUUUUACAGGGCAUAAGGUCCCGAAUACACAAAAAUUUCCAGUUGCAUUCAUUACAAUGGAAGGCCCAUCACUUCCCUGGAUGUGUUGGUUGCAACGCCAAUCACCCACUCUUACCCAGAUAUAUUUGCAAGAGGAAUUUCUCGAACAAAUCCAGGAGAAUGGUCGGCUUCUUUACAGCAACAUGAUACGAUGA